UGUAACAGGUUGGAGACAAAGUUUCUGCUCAAUGAACGGAAGCCUGUAUAUUGUGUGAAAAGGUGUGCUAAUAUAUAACUAUCUGACUUCAAGAAAAAAAUUGGAUAAUGGACAGAAAUUGCGGUUAAUUUGGAACAUUUAUCUGGCAGAUUUACGGUGUUUUCUUCUUCUUUUCUUUUCUUUUAGAAACUCGACAGCAUCCUCCAGGGUUACUUUUUAAGAGAUUUGUUUGCAUGCUUUGUUCGCUUGAGGCGACUUUGCAUACCUUAUACAUAGAAGAAAAUACGAAAAUAGAAAAAAGGAAGUUCAUGUGCAUCACAGAGAAGUCUACAAAUAAUAAACCAGUAAGGAUUUUUCGAACUUUCCGGAAUGUUUUCCACAGUUUUCCUUCUUGCAACGCUCGGCGUUUUUGCGCAUUUGGAUACUUUUACGCACGGUUGUCAGCUCCCCUCCGAGUGGCGGCCGCUCAGCGAGAGCUGCCGUGCAGAGUUGGCGGAGAUAAUCGUGUACGCCAAGGUCCUGGCGAUCCACCGGGAACCCCUAGGUGUUGGAACGGGCAGCCUGUACAACUCGCUGCCCUUCGGGUUCGGGUAUGGCUAUGAGGGCGCAGAGGAAGGGCUGCUCUAUUCGGCAGAGGUGGAGCUGCUGUGCGAUCAAGCCUGGGGCAGCAUGCUGGAGGUACCCUCUGGAUCCAGGCUCAACCUGACCGGGCUGGGAUAUUUGUCCUGUCAUUCCCAUACCGUGAUGGAGAACUAUUCCUAUUUCUUUUUUCUCAGGAUGGAUGAAAACUACAGCAUCCUUCCUCACAGUGUCAACUUCCAAGAUGCCAUCUUCCCUGACACACCGGAAAACAGGCGCACUUUCUCCAGCCUCUUCCAGUUUUCCAACUGCACCCAGGGUAGCCAACCGUUCCACACAUUCAGCCCCGAGUGGGACAUCCAGGAAGACAACAGGCUGCUGUGCUCCUCUGUGCAGAUGGCGCUAUUCGAUGAGGAAGAGCGUGGUCGGAAGUUGCAGGAUCGCCUGGCUGCUGCGGAGAGGAGGAAUCGCCAGCUAAAGGAGCGUGUUCGCAAGGUGAAACGCUCCCUGAGAAAUGCCCGCAAAGCUGCACGCAAGGCAGAGCAGGAAGCACAAGAGUUACAAGAAAAACUGAAGGCUGCUGAGAGGAGGUUGGGGCUUCACCUCAAUGCCAUAACGCAGGAGGAGCCUCCACUUGGGGGUUACACAAGUGCAGCGAUACGGCAGAGGAUUCAGCUUUAACUCUUAUCACCUGCUUGCAACUCCCAUCUAUGAACUAAAAACUGAUUGUGGAGAGACUGCUGGGCAGUCUUCAUGCAAAGGACGAUCAGAUGCAAUGUAUUAAGCAAACUUUUAAAGUAUCAACUCUCAUUUUUAUGUAAAUAAACUAUGUAAGCCUAAUUUCUAUAAGACACUGACAAUAAAUGUAAUUCUUUGUCAUCUGUGAAAAGAAGGAAAGUUUACUGAUAGAUAAUCAAAUGCUUUUACCUUCCAGAUUUUUCUGUCUUGCAGACGGAGAAGUACUUCACAUACCUCAUUCAGGCCGUAAUGUAGUGUACAAAAAUAUCAUAGACAGUAACAGCAAAGG